GGCCUGGGAAUGCGCAGCAGACCGGCCGGACAGAGGCCGGGCGGGCCCUCGAGGGGGAGGCCCAGACGCCAUCUCCUUCGGCGAACCCCGGGGCCCACCGACCUCCCAGCAGCACCUCCCUUCCUCAGGGCUUUAGACAUACGCGACCCCGGUCGAACGAACUACAAUUUCCAGAAGACACUGCGGCGGGAGCCUGUCACUUGCUGCAUUCUCAUUGCUGGCGACUGUCGGCCUCGCCUCCUCAGAGUGAAGUCAUGAAGGUGGUGAACCUGAAGCAAGCUAUUUUGCAAGCCUGGAAGGAGCGAUGGAGUGACUACCAAUGGGCAAUCAACAUGAAGAAAUUCUUUCCCAAAGGAGCCACCUGGGACAUUCUCAACCUGGCAGAAGCACUUUUGGAGCAGGCCAUGAUUGGACCUUCCCCUAAUCCUCUCAUCCUGUCUUAUCUGAAGUAUGCCAUUAGUUCCCAGAUGGUGUCCUACUCUUCUGUUCUCACAGCUAUCAGUAAGUUUGAUGACUUUUCCCGAGACCUGUGUAUUCAGGCUUUGCUGGAUAUCAUGGACAUGUUUUGUGACCGACUGAGCUGUCACGGCAAAGCAGAGGAGUGCAUUGGGCUGUGCCGAGCCCUUCUCAGCGCCCUCCACUGGCUGCUGCGCUGCACCGCGGCCUCUGCAGAGCGGCUCCAGGAAGGAGUGGAAGCCGGCACUCCAGCCACUGGGGAGAAGCAGCUUGCCAUGUGCCUGCAGCGCCUGGAGAAUACCCUCAGCAGCACCAAGAAUCGGGCCCUGCUGCACAUCGCCAAACUAGAGGAGGCCUCAUUGCAUACAUCCCAGGGACUUGGGCAGGGUGGCACCCGAGCCAAUCAACCAACAGCCUCCUGGACUGCCAUUGAGCAUUCGCUCUUGAAGCUUGGGGAGAUCCUGGCCAAUCUCAGCAACCCCCAGCUCCGGAGCCAGGCUGAACAGUGUGGCACACUUAUUAGGAGCAUCCCCACUAUGCUAUCUGUGCACUCAGAGCAGCUGCACAAGACUGGCUUUCCCACUGUGCACGCGGUGGUCUUGCUCGAGGGCACCAUGAACCUGACUGGUGAGACGCAGCCCCUGGUGGAGCAGCUGAUGAUGGUGAAGCGCAUGCAGCAUAUCCCCACCCCGCUUUUUGUCCUGGAGAUCUGGAAAGCCUGCUUUGUGGGGCUUAUUGAGUCUCCUGAGGGCACGGAGGAGCUCAAGUGGACGGCUUUCACCUACCUCAAGAUUCCACAGGUUUUGGUGAAGUUGAAGAAAUACUGUCAUGGGGACAAGGACUUCACUGAGGAUGUCAACUGUGCUUUUGAGUUCCUGCUGAAGCUCACACCCUUGCUGGACAAAGCUGACCAGCGCUGCAACUGUGACUGUACAAACUUCCUCCUCCAAGAAUGUAACAAGCAGGGCCUUCUGUCUGAAGCUAAUUUCGCCAACCUUGUAGCCAAGCGCUCAGCAGAUCGGGAACAUGCACCCCAGCAAAAGUCAUCAGAAAAUGCCAACAUCCAGCCUAAUCCCGGGCUCAUCCUCCGUGCAGAGCCUACUGUCACAAACAUUCUCAAGACGAUGGAUGCAGACCAUUCCAAGUCCCCAGAGGGGCUGCUGGGGGUCCUGGGACACAUGCUGUCCGGGAAGAGCCUGGACUUGUUGCUGGCUGCUGCUGCUGCCACCGGGAAGCUUAAAUCCUUUGCCCGGAAAUUCAUCAAUUUGAAUGAGUUUACCACCCAUGGCAGUGGAGAGAGCACCAAAACAGCCUCAGUUCGUGCCUUGCUCUUUGAUAUCUCCUUCCUCAUGUUGUGCCAUGUGGCCCAGACCUAUGGCUCAGAGGUGAUUCUGUCAGGGUCAAGCACAGGAGCAGAGGUACCCUUCUUUGAGACCUGGAUGCAGACCUGCAUGCCAGAGGAGGGCAAGAUCCUGAACCCUGACCACCCCUGCUUCCGGCCUGACUCCACCAAAGUGGAAUCCUUGGUGGCCCUGCUCAACAACUCCUCAGAGAUGAAGCUGGUGCAGAUGAAGUGGCAUGAAGCUUGUCUGAGCAUUUCGGCUGCCAUCUUAGAAAUCCUCAAUGCCUGGGAGAAUGGAGUGCUGGCCUUCGAGUCCAUCCAGAAAAUCACUGAUAAUAUCAAGGGAAAGGUAUGCAGUCUGGCCGUGUGUGCUGUGGCUUGGCUGGUGGCCCAUGUCCGGAUGCUGGGGCUCGACGAGCGUGAGAAGUCACUGCAGAUGAUCCGUCAGCUGGCAGGGCCACUGUAUAGUGAAAACACCCUGCAGUUCUACAAUGAGAGAGUGGUGAUUAUGAACUCAAUCCUGGAGCACAUGUGUGCAGAUGUGCUACAGCAGACAGCCACUCAGAUCAAGUUCCCAUCCACGGGGGUGGACACAAUGCCCUACUGGAACCUGCUGCCCCCCAAGCGGCCCAUCAAGGAGGUGUUAACAGACAUCUUUGCCAAGGUGCUGGAAAAGGGCUGGGUGGACAGCCGCUCCAUCCACAUCUUCGACACCCUGCUGCACAUGGGAGGUGUUUACUGGUUCUGCAACAACCUGAUUAAGGAGCUGUUGAAGGAGACUCGGAAGGAGCACACGCUGCGGGCAGUGGAGCUGCUCUAUUCCAUCUUCUGUCUGGACAUGCAGCAAGUGACCCUUGUCCUGCUGGGCCACAUCCUGCCUGGCCUUCUCACCGACUCCUCCAAGUGGCACAGCCUCAUGGAUCCCCCUGGCACUGCGCUGGCGAAACUAGCUGUAUGGUGUGCCCUGAGUUCCUACUCCUCUCACAAGGGACAGGCAUCCUCCCGCCAAAAGAAGAGACACCGGGAAGACAUUGAGGAUUACAUCAGCCUCUUUCCCUUGGACGACAUGCAGCCAUCAAAGCUGAUGCGACUGCUGAGCUCCAAUGAGGACGAUGCCAACAUCCUCUCCAGUCCCACUGACCGGUCCAUGAACAGCUCCCUCUCGGCCUCUCAGCUCCACACAGUCAACAUGAGGGACCCUCUAAACCGAGUCCUGGCCAACCUGUUUCUGCUCAUUUCCUCCAUCCUGGGCUCCCGCACCGCGGGCCCCCACACCCAGUUUGUGCAGUGGUUCAUGGAGGAGUGCGUGGACUGCCUGGAGCAGGGCAGUCGGGGCAGCAUCCUGCAGUUCAUGCCCUUCACCACCGUUUCAGAACUGGUGAAGGUGUCAGCCAUGUCCAGCCCCAAAGUGGUUCUGGCCAUCACAGACCUCAGCCUUCCUCUGGGCCGCCAGGUGGCUGCCAAAGCCAUUGCUGCGCUCUGAGGGACUUAGAGGGGCCACAGUGAGUGGCUAGGUCCCAGCCCAAGAGCAUUAGAUGGGAACAGUGAGGAAAGAUGAGCCAUUGUGGCUUAAAUCCACAUGAUGUGAGAACCCUUUGUCAGUUUCUUUUGUGAUUUCCUCUCCCUUAUGCUAAUGCCUGAAGAGCGUGAGCAGCCUGGAUCUUCAGCCUUUGGUGUCCCCCACAUACCAGAAGUACACUUAGCCCUGAGGAACUUUACAGAUUCGUAUAUGUAUAUCAAUAUAUUUUUGUAGUAACUGAGGGAAAGCUCACUUGUAAAUAAAAGUCCUUACAGGUCC